CCACAAUGCCUUGCGUUGCUCACGAUACACAUGUGACUUAACUCCGGACUCAGUACGUGUGGUUUUGCAGUGUGAACUUGAAGGCUGAACCAUGGGUCGUCUCGAUGGGAAAGUGAUCGUACUGUCUGCUGCAGCUCAGGGGAUCGGACAAGCCGCAGCAAUAGCUUUUGCCAAAGAGGGGGCUCAGGUCACAGCGACUGAUAUUAAUGGAGAGAAACUGAGGGAGCUUGAUGGAUAUCCAGGAAUCAAGAUCAAGGUUGUGGAUGUGACAAAGAAAGACCAAGUCGAAGCUCUUGCCAAAGACCACGACCAUGUCGAUGUGCUGUUUAAUGUUGCCGGAUACGUGCACCACGGCUCCAUCUUGAACACAGAGGAGGCUGACUGGGAUUUCACUAUGGACGUUAAUGUUCGCAGCAUGUACCUUAUGAUCAAGGCCUUCCUGCCCAAGAUGCUGGAAAGGAAGUCUGGGAACAUCAUAAACAUGGCGUCAGUGGCAUCCAGUAUAAAAGGUGUGGUGAACCGUUGUGUAUAUAGCACCUCCAAGGCUGCAAUCAUUGGACUCACUAAAUCUGUAGCAGCAGAUUUUCUUGAGCAAGGCGUUCGCUGUAACUGUGUCUGUCCCGGGACUGUUGACACGCCAUCUCUGAGAGCGAGAAUUCAGGCUCAACCAGACCCAGAACAGGCCUUCAAGGACUUUAUGGCAAGACAAAAGACGGGUAGAAUGUGCACAGCUGAGGAGGUGGCUCACCUGUGUGUUUACCUGGCCUCAGAUGAGUCUGCCUAUGUAACUGGGACAGAACACAUAAUCGAUGGAGGAUGGAGGCUCUGAAGACCCUGCAGUGGGAACAUCACAGCAUCUGUGUUCAGUUCAAAUCAAAGCCUAGGCCUUUUUUUUUGCUCGUUGAGCAGUGGGGCCUUAAUUUGCAAUUAAAGACCAAUGUUGCCUCACAAUUUCACAACGGUUUUUAAUAUAGUGAUGCAUCAAAUUAAUGUUAACAUAUUUGCUGUACUUUUGAGCCUGUAAUUGUGUA